UCUUGAAAAUCAUUUCUCAAAUAGUUAAGUUUGAGAAAAGAUGAAAGGGCUAACGGUAGCUGUUUUCGGGUUGUGUGUGGCGCUGGCCGCCUCCAGGUUUACGUACAAUGGCUACCAAAUAGUCGUUAUCGAAACCAAUGAAGAGCAAGCAAAGUUACUUCACGAAAAUUGGGAAUUGGAUUAUGUAACUCCUCUGCCAAAAUAUGGAGGUAUCACUAAAGUUAUUGUAAAACCGGAAGAGCAGGUUGAGUUCUACCAAUUUCUUGAACGAGAACAAAUCAAAUUUACCGUUACAGUCGACGAUUUAGAAAGACACUUCGAGGAAGAACGGCUUGAGUUAGAGAAAAAUUCAAGAGAUUCAGACAGAAGUAUAAGUUUUACCAAAUAUCACAGAUAUGCUGAGAUAAACAGGUAUUUGCGAUCUUUGGCUUCUGAACAUCCUAAUCUGGUAUCACUGCAAACUAUUGGACAAUCUUACGAAGGCCGGAAUCUAACAGUCAUAAAAAUAUCUUCAGGAGGCUCGGCUAAUAAACCAGUAAUCCUUGUGGACGCUGGAAUCCACGCAAGAGAGUGGAUUGCCCCAGCCACUGCCCUUUAUAUCAUCAAUCAACUGGUCGAAAACUCUGCUAACAGGCAUCUUAUUCAAAACGUUGACUGGUACAUUUUACCAGUUCUUAACCCAGAUGGAUACGAAUACACACAUACUAACACACGUCUAUGGAGAAAAACCCGUUGUGCAGGUCGCCGAUGUUACGGAACCGACGGCAACAGAAAUUUCGACUUUCACUGGGGUGUGACAGGUGCCAGCUCGUCAGAAUGUUCCGAAACCUAUAGAGGUCCAUCCGCAUUUUCCGAAAUAGAAUUACAAGGUUUUAGAAACUUCGCCCGCGCCAACGCCAACAGAAUCAAGUUGUAUUUGACCCUUCACAGUUACGGGAACUACAUAUUAUAUCCGUGGGGCUACACGUCUGCCCUUCCAAGUGACUCGGCGGAGUUGCAGGCUUUAGGAGAUUCCGUGGCGUCAAGGAUAAGGACGUACAGCGGAAGUAGAUUUACCGUGGGAAGUUCAACGAACGUUCUUUAUGCAGCCGCCGGCGGAUCAGACGACUGGAUGAAGGGCGUUAAUGGGGUGGAAUUGUCUUACACGCUGGAACUUCAAGGUGACAGAAGCGGUUUCGAGUUGCCCGCCAGUAGAAUUUUGUCGUCUGUCAGGGAAACUUUUGUCGGAAUCCGAGUGUUCCACGAUUACGUUGAAGAGAAAUUCGCAUAAUAACAAUAAUAAAAUAAAGUACAUCCAACUAAUAA